GGCUCAAGAACGCCAGAGGGAGCGCCUCACCGGGAACGAGGAACUUCGACUCUCUGAGAUGGCUCCAUCCACACAGAUCGCUGUGGCCGCUGCAGCCUUGGCAGGCUGUGCCUUCGUUCUGCCCCAGACUGGCACUCAGAGUGCCCCAGCCCUUCGACGCAGCGCGCAAACACAGGCAAACGUCCCUCAGGUUCGUUGGCUGCCAGCACCGCGGUGGGAGUCCUGGCCGCUGCAGUGGUGCGGGCACGGCAAACGAAGCAGAGCUCCACCGGGUUGAAGGCCUUCGAGAACGAGCUAGGAGUCCAGGCUCCCUUGGGCUUUUGGGAUCCUGCUGGCCUUUCCUCAGAUGGCGAUGCGCGGGAGUUCUACCGCCGCCGUGUCGUAGAGAUCAAGCAUGGACGUGUCUCCAUGUUGGCCUGCACCGGAUACAUCGUGCAGGAGUUCUUCCGCUUCCCAGGCUUCCUGUCGCCCUCCAGCGAGAUCAAGUUCACCGACGUGCCCAAUGGCCUGGCGGCGGCGACCAAGGUGCCGGCGGUCGGAUGGUUCCAGUACACAAUCUUCUGCGGCAUUUGCGAUCUCUGGCUCAUGCACCAGGUGCCGACCAACCCACCAGGAAAGCUCGCCACCCGUCUUUUCGGUGAGGGUGCCACCAAUUAUGAGUAUGGCUUCUUGGGGCUUCCAGGAUAUUUGGGCGGCAAAGCCAUCGAGGACCCCGAGAUCAAGAAGAAGAAGCUGAAUGCAGAGAUUGCAAACGGACGACUGGCCAUGAUGGCGAUCAUCGGCAUGUUCUUCCAGGAUGGCUUGACAGGCUCUGCCUGGGGUGACUGGGCCAACUACACUGAGUCCCCUCUGAGGGCCUUUGAGUCCGAGCUGGGUGUGCAGCCGCCCAUCGGCUUCUGGGACCCCUUGGGCUUCACCAAGACCGACGACGCGGCCUCCUUCCGCCGCCGCCGCUAUGUGGAGCUCAAGCACGGACGUGUGGCCAUGUUCGCCUGCCUGGGUUACAUUGUGCCCGAGUACUUCCGCUGGCCUGGCGACCUCUCGCCAUCAUUGGGCUUGAAAUUCACGGAUGUUCCCACAGGCUUCGCAGCCUUUGAAAAGGUGCCCCUGAGCGGCUGGGCGCAGAUGGUUUUCUUCGCCGGCUCCGUGGAGCUCUUCCAAUACGUGGAUGAUCCCAAGCGUGCCCCGGGCGACUUUGCGAACGCCGGGUUCUUGGGCGUGCCCAACAGCUACGUCAAGGCGCCGGAGGGCACCAAGGAGACGAAGCUGGCGGCGGAAAUCGCGAACGGACGCCUGGCCAUGAUGGCCAUCAUCGGCAUGUUCUUCCAGAACGGGCUCACAGGCAUGGAUCAGUUUGGUGGAAUGGUGGAAGUGGCCUGGGGUGACUGGUCCCUCUACACGGAUUCGCCCCUGCGGGCUCUGACGCCUGCACAGGAGUGCAUCGCAGGGACUGGUGGCCCUUUGCCAGACAUGUUCUGGGACCCUGCUGGCAUCAGCAGCAAGAAGAGCAAGGAGGAGAUCUUGGAGCUCCGCGCCCAGGAGUUGAAGCAUGGCCGUGUGGCGAUGUUGGCGUGCAUCGGUUGGUUCCAUGUGGCCGGUGGCUUUCACAUCAUCGGCGACUACGCCGUCGGUGUGCACUUGGAUGACAACCCUUUGGUGAGCUUGACCCAGAUGCCAAUGGGUGGCAUUUGGCAGGUGGUCUUCACGAUCAUGUGCCUUGAGUGGCUCACCACCUACAUUUGCAAGCCUCCGGCAGAGAAGCCCUGGGACAUCCUGGGCUGGUCUGACAUCCUCAUUGAGGAUGAGAAGAGCAUCUGGAAUCAGUUCAGGAAGGCUGAACUCCAGGAGCUGCUGAAACGGACCUCUGCUUUUGGCCCCUUGUUGUGUCCUUGA